GUAGAGCCAUUCCACACACACUGACCUGCAAGCUCGCUGGGCAGCUUACACAGGGGAGUGAAGUAGAGUGAGUGUGAGAGAGAGUGAGUGAGAAUGGGUGGCAAGGCCGCUCUCCUGAUGGCCCUGGUGGCCAUCAGCGUCGUCCUGGAGGCCAGGGCGGACGCCGGUGGCUACGGCGGCGGGUACACGCCGACGCCGACGCCGGUGAAACCGGCGCCGAAGCCGGAGAAGCCGCCCAAGGAGCACAAGCCGCCGCACCACCACGAGCCCAAGCCGGAGAAGCCACCCAAGGAGCACAAGCCACCGGCCUACACGCCGCCCAAGCCGACGCCCACCCCACCCACGUACACCCCGACACCCAAGCCUACGCCACCGCCAUACACGCCCAAGCCGACGCCGCCGGCUCACACCCCUACUCCCCCGACGUACACGCCGACCCCCACUCCACCCAAGCCGACGCCUCCCACCUACAAGCCACAGCCCAAGCCGACGCCUGCGCCUUACACUCCCACUCCCACACCGCCAACAUACAAGCCGCAGCCCAAGCCGACCCCGCCACCGACGUACAAGCCGCAGCCGAAGCCGACUCCCACCCCCUACACUCCCACUCCGACGCCGCCAUCGUACAAGCCGCAGCCGAAGCCGACUCCCACCCCCUACACUCCCACUCCGACGCCGCCAUCGUACAAGCCGCAGCCGAAGCCGACUCCCACCCCGUACACUCCCACUCCGACGCCGCCAUCCUACAAGCCGCAGCCCAAGCCGAACCCGCCACCCACGUACAAGCCGCAGCCCAAGCCAAACCCGCCACCCACGUACAAGCCGGCGCCGCCAACCUACAAGCCGCAGCCUAAGCCGAACCCGCCACCCACGUACAAGCCGCAGCCUAAGCCGACUCCCACUCCCUACACUCCACCCACGUACAAGCCACAACCGAAGCCGACUCCCACUCCCACUCCCUACACUCCCACGCCCAAGCCGAACCCGCCGCCAACCUACAAGCCACAGCCCAAGCCGACUCCCACGCCGACGCCGUACAAGCCGCAGCCCAAGCCGACUCCUUCUCCCUACACCCCCAAGCCAACUCCGACGCCGCCGACCUACACACCGACGCCAACGCCGCCGUACCACAAGCCGCCGCCGUCCUACACCCCCGGCCCGCCGCCGCCCUACUAGUUGUGUUCCGCCACUCUCCGUCACGUUCCGACCAAAGGAGGUGACCGACCGACCAGAGUUGUGCGAGAGGCCAAAGAGGCUCUUCCUUCCGUGAAGAUUGCUGUGCAUGCCGAGCUGCGCUGCCUUUAAUUACCUAUAGCUAAUUAAUUAGCUAGGGCCAAUGUUGCGAGGAGAAUAAUGCAUGCUUGAGUGCCAAUGUUGCUAGCUCGCUCCCUCUCUAGAUGUGAUGUGUAUCAUGUGUUGUGUGUUGCUCGAAUUUGUACUGUCUAGCGUACGUCGAUCCCGUGGUGAUUUGUGGAGUAUGGUAUUGUUGUGUUACGGUAUAACCAAAAAUAACAGCGGAAAUGGAAGUAAAAGCUGUUUUCGAUCGUCCCA